AGCCCACGCACACGACUUUUCACACAUCGCUUUUGAGCUCAACGUUUUAUACACGCCUCCUCCGGAUCUGUAAAUUCUAAAUCCUCCUGUCUUUCAUUUUCGCUGCACCAUCAUAGAUUCGCCAAUCCUUCAUAAAUCCCAUCAAUUUCCAGCACAAAAAUACCCAGAAAAGAGUACUGGAGUAAAUCUAGGAGAUGGGAUUCUUUCCUUUUUUUCUGCUCUCUCUUCUAGCUCUAUACCCUUCUUUCUCCAAUGGAGAGAUGAAGCCCAAGAUUGGAAUAUGCUACGGUCAACUGGGCAACAACCUGCCUACACAAUCAAAAUCGAUUCAACUAAUCAAGAAACUAGGAGCCAAACGUGUCAAAAUCUACGAUGCCAACACAAAAAUCCUCAAUGCCCUUAAGGGCACUCAUCUCCAAGCCUCAGUCAUGGUUCCAAAUGAAAUCAUCACCAAUAUCUCUUCAAACCAAACACUAGCAGAUGAAUGGGUCAAAACCAAUGUGGUACCCUUUUACCCGAAAACCCUGAUCCGUUACCUCUUAGUAGGGAAUGAGAUCUUGAGCAAUCCACCCAACACCACCUGGUUCAAUCUUGUACCUGCUAUGCGUAAAAUCAGAUGGUCUGUGAAGAAAUUCGGUCUGAAGAGGAUUAAAGUUGGAACCCCAUUGGCAAUGGACGCAUUAGAAUCUUCAUACCCACCGUCUAAUGGUACUUUUAGGUCUGAUGUUAGGGAUAAAGUUAUUAAGCCAUUGUUGCGUUUCUUGGACAGAACUAAAUCACUUUUCUUCCUUGAUGUGUACACUUAUUUUCCUUGGGCAAAUCAACCAGACCAAAUCAAUCUUGAUUAUGCUUUGCUAGCAGCCACAAAUAUUACCUACAAAGAUCCAGUUUCGGGUUUGACCUACACUAAUUUGUUGGAUCAAAUGCUUGACUCUGUUAUUUUUGCCAUGAAGAGACUUGGGUACCCGAAUAUUCGGCUAUUUAUAGCCGAAACUGGUUGGCCUAAUGGUGGCGACAUUGAUCAAAUCGGUGCAAAUAUAUACAAUGCCGCCACGUAUAAUAGAAACGUGGUUAAGAAAUUCAUGGCUAAGCCACCGAUUGGAACUCCGGCAAGACCCGGGGUGGUGAUCCCAACCAUGAUUUUCGCAUUGUAUAACGAAAACCAGAAGCCAGGUCCAGGUACCGAGCGGCAUUUUGGUCUGUUAUAUCCUAACGGGUCUUAUGUGUAUCCUAUUGAUUUAUCUGGUGAGACACCGGAGUCUGAGUAUCCACCAUUGCCUAAGCCUACAAACAAUGAGCCUUAUAAGGGUAAGAUUUGGUGUGUGGUAGCCGAAGGAGCGAACCGGACAGCACUGGCCGGUGCUCUGUCUUAUGCCUGUGGUCAGGGUAAUCGGACGUGUGACCCGAUCCAACCGGGUGGAAAAUGUUACAAGCCUAAUUCUUUGAUUAACCAUGCAAGUUAUGCUUUUAGUUCUUAUUGGUCACAGUUUAAGAAGAGUGGUGGGACUUGUUACUUCAAUGGCCUUGCUGUGCAGACUGCUCAGGAUCCAAGUUAUGGAUUAUGCAAGUUUCCUAGUGUUACACUUUAAAGUUUGAAGAUGGAUUUUGAAUGAGAGAAAAAGGAGGAAACACAGCAGUCGGUAUCCAAGAUUGCUACAAUAAUUUUAUUUUCUCGUCAUUAAUUCAUCAUUAUUUCCUUUUAAAAGUGAUAUGGGUUCCCCAUUUGGUCCCCCUCAUGUUUUUUAUUCUUGAUUUUAGGAGAGUCCUAAUUAGAAGAAACCUAAAUGUGGCCUUAGAUCACUUUCAAGAUUUUAACGUUGCAUUCAGAAUAUUGCAACGGCUAUAAAUUUUUAGACAGGAAACGGCUACUUUUGUGUAUUGUAUUAUGCACUUUUUACUGGCUUAAUGAUUUAUUUGAGCUGACUAUAAUAUUAGUAGCUUAUCCAACGGCUAUGUCAUAGAUUCGUUU